GGCAAAUGAACCAAUGACCUAUGUGCAACCAGAGGCCAGACACUAGUAGGGCAUAUAAUACACAGAGUCCCAAAGACCCAUCUGCACAAGCACAACGUGAGGUCAUUGUGAAUAUUAGAGACCAUUCACCGUACAGAGUCUGCAGGCCAUGAAUAAACCUGAAAUCCAUGUAGAGCGAGCUAUCGAGCAAAGCAGAAGCGAAAACGCUACAAACAUCAAGCUUGCCUCAUCCGACCAGUUAAAAAGCGGUGACCUAAGCAUGAAGACACCAACAGCAAAGAGGUAGAAGCACUGCAUCAACUCGCAGACGACUGGGUCCACCGCAUCGGCGCACAGGCAACGGUACGGAUCCCGACGUACGGUGUGAUCGUACACAGAAUUCGCACCAGCACGCUCGACAUGGACAAGCUUGAGAAAAAGAGAGUGCAGAUCCUACAAGAUAACAAACCAUUCAUCCCGCAGGCCGGGAUCAAACACAUUGGAUGGCUGACCAGGAAUGCACCCACUAAAGCUGCAAUAUCCAUCACAAUCGAGUUCACCAAGGCCGAGGACGCCAACGAGAUCAUAGACGAGGGCAUCGUCUGGCAGGGCGAAGUCUUCCAGUGCGAACGAUACGAGAAACAGUGCUGACUGACGCAGUGCUACAGGUGCCAAAAAUACGGCCACAUGGGAACACAGUGCAAGGCAGCAACAUCAUGUGGCUAUUGUGCGCAAGAACACGACACUAGGAAUUGCCCAUCGAAAUCGGGACAGGACACGACGAAGAAAUGCGCGCUCUGCCGAGGAGAGCACGAAGCGCGGAAUCGCCAGUGCCCGGCGAGAAAGGCCGAAGCCGCUAAGAUGAAGAGUAGUCCAUUGGCAACAGAUAUAGAGUUUGUAG